GCCAUGGGGCUCAGGCUGCUGCUCCUAUUGCUAGUGUUCCAGCUGUGGGGAUCCCAGGGCUCCCCGCUGGACCCCAGUGGGCAGCAUGUCUGUGUGGGCAGCAGCCCCUCCGAGCUCCAGUGUUGCCCAGGCUGGAGGCAGAAGGACCAUGAAUGCACCAUCCCUAUCUGUGAGGGCCUGGACGCCUGCAAGGAAGGCGAAGUGUGUGUGAAGCCAGGCCUGUGUCGCUGCAAACCCGGAUUCUUUGGGGCCCAGUGCAGCUCCCGCUGCCCCAAGCAGUACUGGGGCCCCGACUGCCGUGAGAGCUGCCCCUGCCAUAUGCAUGGCCAAUGUGAGCCAGUCACCGGCAAGUGCCAGUGCCAACCCGACCACUGGGGGACCCACUGUGAGUUUCGGUGUACCUGCAGCUCCCACGGGCAUUGCGACCCCGCCACAGGCGCGUGCCGCUGCGACCCUGGCUGGUGGUCCUCCACGUGUGGCCGACCAUGCCAGUGCAACCCGGCAGCAGCGCGCUGUGAGCAGGCUAAUGGCCUCUGUCUGUGUGAGCCGGGCUGGUGGGGUCGCCGCUGCAGCUUCCGCUGCUCCUGUCACGGCUCGCCCUGCGUGCAGGACACCGGCCGCUGCACCUGCCGGCCGGGCUGGUGGGGUCCCGAGUGCCGGCAGCGAUGCGAGUGCCUGCGCGGCCACUGCAGCGCCACCUCGGGCCAGUGCACCUGCCCACCCGGCUUCCGAGGCACGCGCUGUGAGCUGCUCUGUCCCGCCGGCAGCUAUGGCCUGCAGUGUCGUAACAGCUGCGGCCACUGCAAGCAGAAGGAGCCCUGCUCUCCAGACACGGGAGACUGUGAGUCGUGCGAACCUGGCUGGAACGGGACUCGGUGCCACCAGCCCUGCCCACCUGGCACCUUUGGCGAGGGCUGUAGGCAGCAGUGUCCCCACUGCCGGCUUGGGGAGGCCUGUCAGCCAGACAGUGGCCACUGCCAACACUGUGACCCUGGCUGGGCGGGGCCCAGGUGUGACAAGCCCUGCCCAACUGGCACCUUUGGGGAGGGCUGCAGUUCUGCCUGUCCUCCCUGUGUCCAGGGAACCUGUGAUGCUGUAACAGGGGACUGUGUCUGCAAUGCUGGCUACUGGGGUCUCAGCUGCAACGAGUCCUGCCCAUCGGGCUUCCACGGACACAACUGUUCUCUUCCCUGUGAAUGCCCAGAAGGACCCUGCCACCCUGUGUCUGGGGCCUGCCAGCCAGGCUCGCACAGUCAGGAGGCAGCCCUGCUGGCGGGCAUCCUCGUGCCCCUGCUGCUGCUGCUCCUGGGCCUUGCCUGCUGCGCCUGCUGCUGCUGGGCUGCCCGGCUGGACCCCAAGGACAGGCCAGUGGGUGACGGAGCGCUGUUGUCCAGGAUGAAGCUGCAGGCCUGGGGGGCCCUGGCCAGCCUGGGAGCCCUGCUGCCUUGUGGCUCCCUCAGCAGUCACAAGCUGCCCUGGGUGACUGUCUCGCACCACGACCCGGAGAUCCCCUUCAACCACAGCUUCAUCGAGCCGCCCUCUACUGGCUGGGUCUCCGAUGACUCCUUUUCUUCUGAUCCUGAGUCCGCUGGGGAAGAGGAAGAGGGUCCUGCCUACUGCGUGCCUCCACAAGAAGGUAUGGUCCCAGGGACCCAACUGGACUCAUCAGAGCUGGCCGGCAGCACCUUCCCUCCCCCUGAGGAUGCCUCCACGCCAUUUCCCAUUCCGCGCACCUCCAGCCUGGCACGAGCCAAGCGGCCAUCGGUCUCCUUUGCUGAGGGCACCAAGUUUACAUCUCAGAGUCGCCAAAGCUCAGGGGAGCUCCCCAGCCCACUUCGAAAGCCCAAGAGGCUGUCCCGGGGUGCCCAGCCUGGUCUUGAAGGUCAGGAGGCAGAGGAGUCCCCAGUUUCAGGGCCAGCAGAAGCAGGCGAGGCCCCUUCCACUGCCGCCAGUGCUAGAGACCCGGCCACCAGCCGCCGUCGCCCCCCACUUGGUGGCCGGACAGUGGCUGAACGUGUGGAAGCUAUUGAGGGCAACAUCCAGGAGAACUCGGGCUCCGUGACCACCAUCUACAUGCUGGCAGGGACACCCCGCGGACCAGAAAGCCCUGUCCGGUCUGUCCUCCGCCGUUUUGGUAGUUUCCAGAAAGGCCAGGCAGAGCCCAAGGUGAAGAGUGCCAUCCCUAAGCCUCCACGUCGGGCCCUGAGUCGAAACAAGGGCAGCCCUGCACCAGGCCCCAGUACUGAGCACACUGGGGCCACAGAGUCUGCAGGCAUCAGGCCAGAGGAAGCGGUUAGAGGGCUGGGUGAUGGCAUUGAGAGUUCAGGGAGGGCCCAAGAGGCCCCUGGGGCUGGGCCCCCAGAGCAGGAUCCCCUGAAGCAGGCUGCAGAGGUUGAGCAGGGGGAGUCUCCAUAUGAGAAUGUUGUACCCAUGGCUGUGCCGCUGGGGCUCUGAGCAUCUUCACCCAGGGGAGUGGGAAGACUGGGUGUGGCAGGGGGCACCAGGCCCACCCAUGCACAGACUGUGCUUUGUGAUGAAAAAGAACCCAACGGUCAGGCCAGCCAGAGCCAGUGCCCUGGGCCAGGCUGAGGCGAGGGGCCAGCUGGCUGUGGCCAGGCAGAGGCCUCGCAGGACGGGCUCGGCAAACAGGGAGGGGACAACCUGGGCCCUGGUGGCUCUUACACUCUGUCUGCCCCCAAAGGAUUGUGUUUUCCUUCAUCUACGAAGCAUUUUUUUUUUAAUGGGAAACAAUCUAAGGAUUUCAUGCAAAAAGACUGGGCUACUGAGUGGGAACAGUAAUUAGUAGGGGAGCGGGUGCAUGCCUUGUGGUUAACCCUGUUUUCUUAGUUCUUAGGAUACAUCGUUAGAAUGUUACUGUUUUGUUAGACUUCAUGAUGGUUUUGUGAACUUAAAAAGUAUGUACACUCAUAAAAACGAUUUGAGGGACAGCCUAAAGGCAUGAAAUCCCACUUUUCUCUGUUAGGAGAGAUUGGGGUGUUAUUUAUUUUCUUGAGCUUUGCUACAGUUAGCAAAUUUCCCUAGUGAGCAUUCUUUUAAACUUUUCUCACUAGAUUGAAAUUUUAAAAACAAAGUAUAAGAAAGCAACUUUCUUUGUUAAAAAUGAAAAAUGCUAACAUGACAGAGCUGAAGAAAGUGAAGCUGGGACCAUCCUCCCUGAUGGGCCGCUUGGGACACCCCCCCCCCAUGGGCCGCUUGGGGGCCAGAGCAAGGCUGAGCGAGUGCGUGGUGUUGGCUGUGGGUUCGACUCCAACAUCAUGUCAUCAUGUCAACCAACUGGGUCCCUGGAGCCUGGAUCUGGGCAGCUACGAGUUGAUGCUUCAAACCAGCACGAUACAUCCCUAGGCUGUGCCUUUGUUCUUAAUAUCCUGGAGAGCUUUCGAUGUAGCAAAUACUCACCCAAUGCGACCUCUUGGUAUAACAAUGAACCACUUGGGACUUCAUCUUGUGGAAUAACACAGGUGAUUUCAGCUGUCUUCCUGCCCAUGGACAACUGGGUUAUUUCUAAUGGUUUGAUAUAAUAAACAGUGAUGUAGGA